AUGUACAAACCACAGUACGAAUACAACAAAGGCUGUUAUUCAAUCUUGAUGGAAAUCAAGGACAAAUUCGAGUUCGAAAAGCCCCAGCCUUUGAGGGGAUCUGCCCACUACAGAAACAAAAACAAGUAUUGUCAUUACCACAAGGAUAUAGGGCAUGACACGAAUGAACGCAAUAAUCUGAAAAGGUUUUUGGAUAAGCAGGGCGAGAAGGGCAUGCUAAAAUCGUACGUUCUGAAGUCAAGAUUCACCUACUCUCGUACGGACAACAAGUCUGAGAAGAAGAAGGAAAAGAAAAACGAUGAUGAAGAUGGGAAUAGCACAAACUCAAGGUUUGUGGCCAUCAUCUCAGGCGGCAUUGCUGCAGGCGGCCUAACCAUGAAAGGAAUUAAACAGGAUAUCCGACAAUCCGCAAAGCUCAUGCAUGCGGAGAAUGUCAAGGUGGAGCCAUUCCUAGAGGUGACUGUUUGCGAGGCAAACCGAGGCAAAAUUAGAACUCCCCAUUAUGAUCCAAUGGUAUUCAUUUUGAAGGUGGCCAAUUUGAAGGUUAGACGAGUGCUAAUAGACACCGGCAGCUCAUCCGACAUAAUCAGCUUAGCUUAUCUGAAAAUUUUGAAGUUUUCAGAAGAUGCGUUAAAGGAUAUCUCCCAUUCACUGGUUGGGUUUGGUGAGAGCAUUAUCCACUCAGUAGGCCGGAUAGAUUUGCCAGUCCGGUUUGGGUCAAAGAGAGAAGGAAGGGACAUGGUCUUCCGCUUCUUAGUUGUCAAAGAGCUUACAGGCUAUAAUAUCAUCAUCAGUCGUCCGACCUUGAACUCAGCGAAGGCUGUAACUGUCCCUCAUUUAAUGCUAAUGAAGUUCGAGUGGUCGGAUGGGAAGAUAAGCUUCAUUUAA